UUUAACAACUCAAUGAUUCAGCAUUUUAGAGGUGCCAUAAAAGGGUCCUCCUCAAUAGGAUUCACUUAACUGAUAUUAAUACCCGCUUCCCUAGGAGAACAAGUUUUUCCCAGUCCGGAUCAAGCGCCUAGUUUCAAACCACCAGAAUGUCGAAAAAUUUCAAAUACACCUACUUUAAUGCGGCCGCUCGCGGAGAGCUGGGUCGUCUAAUAUUUGCCGAGGCCGGAGUAGCUUACACAGACAAAAGAGUAGAGUUUGCGGAGUGGGGCGAACUUAAACCAAACACACCAUGGGGAAGUCUUCCAUAUCUUGAGGUUAAUGGGCAACCUAUUGGCCAGAGCCUUGCUGUGGCAGAGUAUCUCGCUAGGGAAUUCAAACUUGCUGGAGACACAAGCGAGGAGCAGGCAUUAUCCACAUCAGUGGUGCACGCUCUGACUGAUAUCCUGGAAGCUGGCUUCAAGGUCAUGUUUGAAAAGGACGAAGCGGCAAAGGCUAAACUUGUAGAAAGUGGCAAAGAGACGGUCGAAAAGAUCCUGGGAGGGGUGAACAAAAUACUUGGCAAUAAAGCAUUCAUCGUUGGGCAAAAGAUGACGUACGCAGAUUUGGCCCUUCUCAACGUGGCCCUGCAGUCCCCAAACCAUGGGAUUGGAUUCUCCUUAGACAAAUACCCAAACCUGAAAAAAGUCGUGGAGAAAGUCAAGGAGUCCAAAAAUAUCAAAAAGUAUCUGGCAGAAAGGCCCGUGACCCAGUUUUUGCAAUCAAGCUAUCGUCCUCUAACCUUAAACAUGCCGUACAAAUUUACUUACUUCAACGGGGCAGCUCGUGGAGAGUUGAGCCGUCUGGUGCUUGUUGCUGGCGGUCAAGAAUUCACAGAUAACAGAAUAGAGUUCUCGCAAUGGCCAGCUCUUAAACCAAGCACGCCAUGGGGAACUCUUCCGGUCCUGGAGGUUGAUGGGAAGGUCAUAGGUCAGAGUGGAGCAGUGGCAGGUUAUCUCGCGAGAAAAUUAGGUCUUGCUGGAGCGACUAACGAGGAGCAGGCAUUAUCCACAUCAGUGGUACAAGCCCUGACUGAUAUCCUGGAAGCUGGUUUUAAGGUGGUGUUUGAAAAGGACGAGGCAGUAAAGGCCAAAGCUAUCGAAAGUGCCGUUGAGACAACCGAAAAGAUUUUGGCUGGAGUGGAGAAAAUUCUCGGCGACAAGGAGUUCAUUGUUGGGGAUAAGAUGACUUUUGCAGACCUGGCCCUUCUCAAUAUCUCCCUGCAGUGUCCCAAACAUGGGAUUAACUUCUCGCUGGACAAACACCCAAAACUCCAAGAGGUAGUGAAACGAGUCCAGAAAAAUGGGAAAAUCGCUCAAUACCUGAAAACCAGACCUGUUACAGAGUUGUAGACAAUAGGAGGCGUGGUGUCGUAUAUUUGAUGAUUUAGUAGUACAAUUAUGGAUAUCAAAAGGACUAUCACACAAUCUGAAAAAUUGAUUGAACUGUCCGUGAAUAAAAGUUCUCACUUUUAAUUCAUAAGGGUUCUACAAUGUAGGGUUGACAAUCUAAAACUACUAGUAUAACUCUCGACUUAUUUCAUUGUAAAGCCCUUUCACAUUCGUCCAAAUACGUACUUUGAAAGACAAACAUCAAUAACGUGAACUCAUUUCCCACCACAUACUGUUUACCUGUACCUGUGCAUAUCUAUUUAGAAACAUUUUCAAAUGGAUAGUUGUUUAAUUUUCAUUUUUUUCAACACAAACAAGCAUACCGUUACGAAUGUAAUCACGUAUAUAUUUGGUACUUAUCCGUCAGUUACCACACAACUUGGAAGUUGAAAAGUGUAUAAAAGAAUGAAAAAACUAUCAAAUUUACUCUAAAAUAUAUUGCAUAGCCCGUGAUAACAAGAUAGAUUUUGAAUAUUGUGUUCGCAUUUUCGAGGAUAUCUUUAGGAUGACUUAAAUGUACAUGUAAACAAACAUAUAACAUUGAUUUAAAAUGCCUUCGAUCUUCUAGAUCUUGACUAUGGUUUUGGAGGAUGAUUGAAAAAUAUGUCCUUUGCAAUAAAGGUAAAGUUUCUUUGUCGUGUUUGGCGUUCAGAACGAACAUCGAGAUUCGCUUUGUUAGAAUUUAUUGGAAUAAAUAUAUUUGUAAUACAUGUAUUCCUUAGACGAGAGAAUAGUAAUAAAAAUGAAAACAUG